CGUUUUGGGUCAUCAGGGAACCUCAGCCAGGCCAGCUCCCAGCUCAGCUCUGAACCAGAGGCUCCCCAGCCCACCAGCCCUCACCCCCCUCUCCACAGCCAACAGAAAGCCUCCUGGGAGGAAGAGGAGGAAGAGGAGAAGGGGCUGAGGGCUGUCCCAGAGCCAGGGUCCAACAAAGAUCUGAAGGAGUCCAUCGUCACACCGCCCAAACCCCUGGACAACCGUGGGACAGAGAAACAGAUCAGCUUCUGUGAGCAUGGGCCACCUCCCUGCUCUCCGGUCAGAGUACGUUGGCUGAAGGUCAUCAACAAAGUCAGAGUUCAGCUUCUCGAGGGCCGAGAUGGAGACCCCAGCCUGCAUCCGUGGGCCAAGCCUGGUGGCGCCACGCCCUUUGGGAUCGACAGCAUGCCUGACCUCCGCAAGAGACGGCCUAUCCCUCUGGUCAGCGAGCUGGCAAUGUCCAUGUUGCAGGCCAGGAAGGCAGGACUCUCUAUGGCUACAAAGACGUCCCAGAAGGACCAGGAGCUGAAGAACCACGUGUAUAAGAAAACCCUGCAGGCUCUGAUCUACCCCAUUUCCUGCACCACGCCCCAUGCCUUCCAGGUGUGGACCGCCUCCACACCCACCUACUGCUAUGAGUGUGAGGGACUGCUGUGGGGCAUCGCCCGCCAGGGCAUGAGGUGUGCUGAGUGUGGGGUCAAAGUUCACGAGAAGUGCCAGGAGCUGCUCAACGCUGACUGUCUGCAGAGGGCGGCUGAGAAGAGCUCUAAGACGGGAGCAGAGGACCGGACCCAGCACAUCAUCACAGCUAUGAAGGACAGGAUGAAGAUCAGGGAGAGGAACAAGCCGGAGAUCUUUGACGAGAUCAGGGCUGUGUUUGCCGUCACUAAGCUGCUCCAUGCGCAGCAGAUGAAGACCAUAAAACAGAGUGUGUUAGACGGAACCUCCAAAUGGUCUGCCAAGAUCACCAUCACAGUUGUCAGUGCUCAGGGUCUCCAGGCUAAAGACAGGACUGGCUCCAGUGAUCCCUACGUGACCAUUCAGGUGGGGAAGACUAAGAAGAGAACCAAGACCAUAUACGGAAACCUCAACCCUGUCUGGGAGGAGAAAUUCAACUUCGAGUGCCACAACACGUCGGACCGUAUCAAGCUGCGUGUUUGGGACGAGGAUGAUGACAUCAAGUCCAGGGUGAAACAACGUCUGAAGAGGGAGUCUGAUGACUUCCUGGGUCAGAGCAUCAUCGAGGUCAGAACACUCAGUGGAGAGAUGGACGUCUGGUACAACCUGGAGAAGAGGACUGAUAAGUCAGCAGUGUCUGGGGCCAUCAGGUUACAGAUCAGUGUGGAGAUUGAAGGGGAGGAGAAAGUAGCUCCGUACCACGUUCAGUACACCAGCCUACAUGAGAACAUGUUCCAUUACUCUACUGACGUGGUGGGUCAGGGGGUGGUGAAGGUGCCUGUUGCCUAUGGAGACGAUGCGUGGAAGGUCUACUUCGAUGAGGUGCUGCAAGAUAUCGUAGAUGAAUUCGCCAUGCGCUACGGCAUCGAGUCCAUCUACCAGGCCAUGACUCACUUUGCCUGUCUGUCUUCUAAGUACAUGUUGUCUGGUAUUCCUGCUGUGAUGAGUACUCUGUUGGCCAAUAUCAACGCCUUCUACGCCCAUCCUACAGCCACCACCAACGUCUCUGCAUGUGACCGCUUCAAUGCAUCCAACUUCGGGAAAGAUCGUUUUGUUAAACUCAUGGAUCAACUGCACAACUCUCUUCGGAUCGACCUCUCCACAUACAGAAAUAACUUCCCAGCCAGUAGUAAGCCUCGUCUGCAGGACCUGAAGUCUACAGUGGAUCUGCUGACAAGCAUAACCUUCUUCAGAAUGAAGGUGUUGGAACUUCAGAGCCCCCCCAGGGCAGCCCAUGUUGUGAGAGACUGUGUGAAGGCCUGUGGAAAUUCCACCUAUGAGUACAUCUUCAACAACUGUAUAGAGCUCUAUAUGAGACAGUUCCAGCCUGCCGUAGAGCCUCCAGAGGAGACAGGGCCUACUAUCCACAACCUGGACUUCUGGCCGAAACUCAUCACCCUCAUCGUCUCCAUCAUAGAAGAAGAUAAGAACGCCUACACACCCAUCAUUAACCAGUUUCCUCAGGAGCUCAACGUGGGGAAGGUCAGUGCUGAAGUCAUGUGGACGCUGUUCGCUCAGGACAUGAAGUACGCCCUGGAAGAGCACGAGAAACAUCGUCUGUGUAAGAGUGCUGACUACAUGAAUCUUCACUUCAAGGUCAAGUGGCUUUACAACGAGUAUGUGAUCGACCUGCCUGCCUUCCAAGACACUGUACCAGAGUAUUCUGCGUGGUUUCUGCAGUUUGUCCUUCAGUGGCUGGGUGAGAACGAGGAUGUGUCCAUGGAGUUUAUGAAUGGAGCUCUAGAGAGGGACAAGAGGGAAGGGUUCCAGCAGACAUCGGAGCAUGCUCUGUUCUCCAGUUCAGUAGUGGACAUCUUCACCCAGCUCAACCAGAGCUUUGAGAUCAUCAAGAAACUAGACUGUCCUGACCCCAAGGUGCAGGCCCACUACAACAGGCGAUUCGCCAAGGUAACACACAAGGUGCUGAUGCAAUACUGUGCUAUCCUGUCCAAGGAUUUCCCCUCCUACUGCCAGAAGGAGAAGAUACCAUGUGUGUUGAUGAAUAACAUACAACAGAUGCGGGUCUUGUUGGAGAAGAUGUUUGAGUGCAUGGGGGCUAAACAGCUGGAUUCGGAAGCUGCGGACAUCUUGAAUGACCUGCAGGUCAAACUGGCCACCGUCCUGGACAACCUGAGCGCCAUGUUCGGCAAGAGUUUCCAGGCCCGUCUCACCGUCUGCAUGCGUCAGAUGGCAGAGAUCCUGUACCAGAUCAAAGGUCAUCCCAACCGUCAGACAGCUGAGGCCGACGCUGACAACAUGCUGAGGCCUCUCAUGGAGUUCCUGGAUGGAAACCUGAGUCUGUUUGCUGACACCUGUGAGAAGACAGUUCUGAAGAGAAUACUGAAGGAUCUGUGGAAGAUCGUCCUCAGCAGUUUGGAGAAGACCAUCAUCUUACCACCGAGCAACGACGGCUUCGGAGCUCAGAUACUGACUGCUGCCAAGGGACUGUCCAACCUGAAGGGAGGGGGCGAGGCCAAAAGCCUGACGCCCAAACAGUGUGUCAUCAUGGAUGCCGCACUGGAAACCAUCAAGCAAUACUUCCAUGCAGGGGGUAAUGGUCUGAAGAAGGCCUAUGUGGAGAAGAGUCCUGAGUUAUCUUCGCUGAAAUAUGCUCUGUCCCUCUACUCUCAGAGCACUGAUGCACUAAUCAAGAUCUUUGUAACUACACAGCACGCACAGGUUCAUAAUGGGAUGGGCAUCAGGAUUACCCCCAGUGAGAAGGUUCGGCCAGACAGAGGUUCAGGAGUGGAGAAGCCUGUUGGUGAGGCCCAGAUCCAGGUAGACAUGGUGCCUCCAGGCAAAGACAAGAUCCACAAGGUCAACAUCAGAGUGAUAGCGGUGAAUGACAUGAAGUGGCAGACAUCAGGGAUGUUCCGUCCCUUCGUGGAGGUCAAUAUGAUUGGUCCGCUCCUUGCAGCCCAGAAGAGGAAGUUCACUACCAAGUCAAAGAACAACAGCUGGACAGCCAAGUACAAUGAGACCUUCCAAUUUAUCCUGGGUAAGGAGUCUCCAGACUGCUAUGAGCUGCAGGUGACGGUGAAGGACUACUGUUUCGGCCGGGCCGACCGUGUUGUGGGCGUGGCCGUGGUCCAGCUCCGAGACGUGGCUGACAGGAAGUCGUGUGUGUGCUGGUGCCCGCUGGGUGGAACCAUCCAGAAGGACGAGACGGGCGUAACGGUGAUGCGUAUCUUGUCUCAGCGUGCGGCCGACGAGGUGGCCAAGGACUUUGUCAAACUGAAGGCCGAGACACGCCCUGUAGAGGAGGGCAGAUGAUGAGGAGAUGUGGAGAGAGGAUAGAUAGAGGAGAAAAGAGGUGGAGAGAGCAUAGGUAGAGAAGGGGGGAGAGGACAGGGAGGAGAG